CCGAGGCCGUGAUUGGCUCGUGAGCCGGCCGCAUGCGGAGGAGCUCAAGGAGCAGCUCUGUUGCGACAGAGGCCGAGCGGCGAGGCCCAGCUCCCCGAAAGAACAGGACCCCACCCCUGUGGCUCCAUCACCAUGCCCUCUGACCUGGCCAAGAAGAAAGCAGCUAAAAAGAAGGAGGCUGCCAAGGCUCGGCAGCGGCCCAAAAAGGGGCACGAGGAGAACGGAGAUGCUGUCACAGAGCCACAGGUGGCCGAGGAGAAAAACGAGGAGGCCAAUGGCAGAGAGGCCACAGAGGUGGAUUUGCUGACCAAGGAGCUGGAAGACUUUGAGCUGAAGAAAGCAGCUGCCCGAGCUGUGACUGGUGUCCUGGCCUCUCACCCCAACAGUACUGACGUCCACAUCAUCAACCUCUCACUCACCUUCCAUGGGCAAGAGCUGCUCAGUGACACCAAGCUGGAGUUAAACUCGGGCCGCCGCUACGGCCUCAUUGGGUUAAAUGGAAUCGGGAAGUCCAUGUUGCUGUCUGCUGUCGGGAAGCGGGAAGUGCCCAUCCCUGAGCACAUCGACAUCUACCACCUGACUCGGGAGAUGCCGCCUAGUGACAAGACGCCUCUGCAGUGCGUGAUGGAGGUGGACACGGAGCGGGCCAUGCUGGAGAGGGAGGCCGAGCGGCUGGCUCACGAGGACGCGGAGUGUGAGAAGCUCAUGGAGCUGUACGAGCGCCUGGAGGAGCUGGACGCCGACAAGGCGGAGAUGAGGGCCUCGCGGAUCCUGCACGGCCUGGGCUUCACCCCCGCCAUGCAGCGCAAGAAGCUGAAAGACUUCAGUGGCGGCUGGAGGAUGAGGGUUGCCCUCGCCAGAGCUCUCUUUAUCCGGCCCUUCAUGCUGCUUCUGGAUGAGCCCACCAACCACUUGGACCUGGAUGCUUGUGUGUGGUUGGAAGAGGAACUGAAAACUUUUAAGCGCAUCCUGGUUCUCGUCUCCCAUUCCCAGGACUUUCUGAAUGGUGUCUGCACCAACAUCAUUCACAUGCACAACAAGAAGCUGAAGUAUUACACGGGUAACUACGAUCAGUACGUAAAGACACGGCUGGAGCUGGAGGAGAACCAGAUGAAGAGGUUCCACUGGGAGCAAGAUCAGAUCGCGCACAUGAAGAACUACAUCGCUAGGUUUGGUCAUGGCAGUGCGAAGCUGGCCCGGCAGGCCCAGAGCAAGGAGAAGACGCUACAGAAGAUGAUGGCGUCGGGACUCACGGAGAGGGUCGUGAGCGACAAGACACUGUCAUUUUACUUCCCACCGUGUGGCAAGAUCCCACCGCCUGUCAUCAUGGUGCAAAACGUGAGCUUCAAGUACACGAAAGAUGGGCCUUGCAUCUACAAUAAUCUAGAAUUUGGUAUCGACCUCGACACACGAGUGGCUCUGGUAGGGCCCAAUGGAGCAGGAAAGUCAACUCUUUUGAAGCUGCUGACUGGAGAGCUACUACCUACAGACGGAAUGAUCCGGAAACAUUCUCAUGUCAAGAUAGGGCGUUACCAUCAGCAUUUACAAGAGCAGCUGGACCUGGAUCUCUCGCCUCUGGAGUACAUGAUGAAGUGCUACCCAGAGAUCAAGGAGAAGGAAGAGAUGAGGAAGAUCAUCGGGCGGUACGGGCUCACUGGGAAGCAGCAGGUGAGCCCGAUCCGGAACUUGUCAGACGGGCAGAAGUGCAGAGUGUGUCUGGCCUGGCUGGCCUGGCAGAACCCCCACAUGCUCUUCCUGGACGAGCCCACCAAUCACCUGGAUAUCGAGACCAUCGAUGCGCUGGCAGACGCCAUCAAUGAGUUUGAGGGUGGGAUGAUGCUGGUCAGCCAUGACUUCAGACUCAUUCAGCAGGUUGCACAGGAAAUUUGGGUCUGUGAGAAGCAGACAAUCACCAAGUGGCCUGGAGACAUCCUGGCCUACAAGGAGCACCUCAAGUCCAAGCUGGUAGAUGAGGAGCCCCAGCUCACCAAGAGGACCCACAACGUGUGAGCCCUCGGCCAGGCGUGGGUCAGGAGCUCCAUCCGGGGACUAACAGCUGCUACCCUGACCAGCUACUCAGGACAGGACCCUGGGGCUACACUCCUGCAUUGCUGCAAUACCGCUGCCCAGCCUCUCCCCGUCCCUCGGCCUGCCUUAGCUGCUCUGUUAUCUUAUCUACAGCUGGACAGUAGCUGUCCGUUUCCUCUCCUCCUUCCAGUUACAUUCGGCUGCGUCUGGACUUGGCUGGCUGUUCCCUCCAGCCCCUUGCUGGUUACUUACCCCGAGAGUGAUGCAGCCACAGGCACCUGAGGGUUCGCCUAGGGGCCCAAGCCCUGGGUUUGGUCUGCGAAGGAGCUUAAGGUCCUUGUUUUCUGGGUUUUGGUGAUGUUGGAGGAAUACCCCCCAGCCCACCGCUACCAUUCCUUUUUGCUUCGGGUUUGGAGCUCUGGGCCACAGGGUCUUAGUCCUGGUCGGUUUUUAAAUAUUUAAAGGUGUAACUUUUAGACCUGUGUGACAUCUACAACGUGUCCAAUAAAGAAAGAGGAAGCCU